GGCGUGGAGAAGAUGUUUACGGACAAACACAGUAAAUGGAUAAAUAAUAAGCACAUAAUCUAUUAAAACCUAUCAGGACUUAAAUGGAUGGUAAAAUGAUUGGACCUGGGCCUUAUAGGGCGACGAAAUUGUGGAAUGAGACCAUCAAGCUCUUCCGUGGUGGAAUGCCAGUCAGACGUCACUGGGCUCAUUUCAGGAGUUACGAUCACAGCUUCACCGGAGCGGAGGCUGUCGACUUUCUCCAUGACCUGCUCAGACAAAACCAGAACUUCGGGCCGGAGGUGACGCGCUACCAAACGCUCCAGUUACUACGAAAAUUCCUCAGAAAUCACGUCAUCGAGGACGUCAAAGGACGGUUUGGUAAAGAGGACUUGGAGGACAACGGGCAUCUAUACAGAUUUCCUCCACAAUCACCUCUGAAGCCUGUCCCUGUGCGUCCUCCUGUAAGAGAUCACGGCUCAGUUCCCAGAAUCCCACGCUGGGACGACUAUGAGGAGAUUACAGUGCCGGAGAAGAUCCCCAUGAAGCCUCUUAUGAAUUGUGAGUCGUGGAAUAAGAGGCACAGCAUCGCCAUUGGUGAGGUUCCUGAAUGCCGGUUAGUCCGGAGGACCGAAUUAACCCCUAAACACGUGGACCAGAUAUGGAAGUCAAUGACACUAACACAUUUACAGACGGUUUUGGGUCUCCAGUCUCUGGACGGGGUUCUAGAUGCCAAACUUCUGAACCCGAAGCACAUCGUUCACAACGUAUUUGGUGUUAAUAAGCAGGGCAUUGUGGUCCUGAAGAACAAAACAGAAGACGUGCCUCAUUGGGUUUUAUCUGCAAUGAAAUGCCUGGCAAACUGGCCCAAUGGCAAUGACGCCAGGCAGCCCAUGUAUCCAGGGUUUGAGAGAGACGUCUUCAGGACAGUUGCAGAACAUUUUCAGAGACUGAAAGAACCACUCUUGACCUUCCACCUGUAUGAGAUAUUUGUCAGCAUUUUGGGUCUUCUGCAGAGGCAGCCGGUUGUGGUCGAAGCGUUGCAGGUCUGCUGUCUCCUGUUGCCUCCGGCCAACCGUCGUAAACUACAGCUGUUAAUGCGUCUGAUGGCUAAAGUCUGCGCCAACCCCUCUCUCCCCCCUCUGAACGACACCAUAGGAGCGCGGACUCUGAUGGUCCAGACCUUCUCGCGGUGCAUUCUGGGAUCUGCGGAUGAGGUGGACUUGGAUGAGCUGUUGGCCACAAAGCUGGUCACGUUUAUGAUUGAUAACCAUGACAGUGUGCUGAAGGUGCCGUCCAACCUGCGAAAAUCUGUCGAGGAGCAUCUGUCCCACCUCAGAAGAGCUCAGAUAAAGUACGCGGGUGCGGACACGGACUCCUCGGUGGCGUCUCCGCCUCACUCGUUCUGUCGUCAGAUCAGCAGAGAGGAGUUUGAGCACCAGAGGGUUUCAGCGUCUCAGGGGGCCAUCGUGGAGCUGCUGGAGAGCAUCAUACAAGACAAGAACAUGUCCAUUAAAGACAAGAAGAAGAAGCUCAAGCAGUUCCAGAGAUCUCAUCCCGACAUCUACCGAAGACGCUUUCCCACCGCUGAGAGUGAGGCGGUGCUUUUCCCAGAGAGGCCGCAGAGACUCAAACCUCAGCUGAUGUUCCUGACGCUGAAGAAACCCUUCCAGCCCUUCCAGAGGAGCUGGAGCUUUCGGGCCUGAGUCUCGUGUGUCAAUAUCAAGGAGAGAUGUUACUGAACAUUACAGGUGGUGCUAUGACAUCCUAAAUCCACAUGACACCGGGUUCACCUCGUCAGCGAUCAGCUGAUUGAUGAAAGUAUAAUGCUGUGCAUUAGAGCCGUUUAACGCGAGACACUACAGGCAAAUUUGAUUGUGCAUCCAUAACUUGUCUUCUUUCAGACUAGUGGAAAGAAAACAUGAUCCAAGUCUUUAUUUAUAACACUCCAUCUCUUUGCGUCUGUAGAUUUCAAUUAUAAAACAUAUCUUUAAAGACGUUUUCUCAAAAUGAUUCACUGAUCUAACAUUUUAUUUAAACAAGGUCAAAAAUAGUUUUCUGUCUGUUAACAGUAUAAAGCUUGUAAAAAGUCUAAUAUGAGAGAAGAAUUCUGAACCUGCUUUAUCCAGUGUUUAGAUUUCUGUUUUUGUGUGCAAAUUAGUCCAUAUUUAAUAGAUCUCGCCUCAUUUCCAUACUGUAUUUAAACAUUACAUUUCAGACUAUACAGAACAAUUGUCCUAAUGUAUUGUGACUAACUGGGGAAAGUAUGAUAUCGCCUGUAGUGUCUUGCUUUAAAAAUGGGCAUGAAAAUAAUAAUAAUAAAUAAAGAUUUAUGGUCACACCUCAGUUUAGGGUCCAAUUCUCAUUCUCAAUAACCUAUAAUAACCGAAUGACUGCUUAUUAAUAGUUAUUAAGGUAGUUGUUACGUUUAGGGAUGUAGAUUAUGAUCAUGCAGAAUAAGGCAUUAAUAUGUGCUUUAUAAGUACUAAUAAACAGCCAAUAUCCUAGUAAUAUACAUGCUAAUAAGGAACGAUAGCACUUUACUUGAAGGGGUGUGCAUAAGACUGACAUGACACAUGUUAUGAAUAUGAAGGAGGUUUUAACUGUCAU